AUGUUACAUGCGGAAAAGCCCAGUAAAGACGACAACUACAAUCAAGUUCAAGAGGUAGUGAACCGCAUUCCGAGACACGACAUUCUUCUUACAGAAGGAGACUGGAAUGCACGUACUGGUCCAUCAGACGAGCAUACUCGACAUGUUCUGGGAAAGUUUGGCCUUGGUCAACGUUACAAAAAUAUAGAACGCCUAGUCACAUAG